GUGCUGAAGGGCUGCAAGAAGCUGAACCUGUCGGUGCACUCGGUGGGGCGCAUCCCCGGGGGCUAUGUCACCAACCACAUCUACACGUGGGUGGACCCGCAGGGCCGCAGCGUGUCCCCCCCCUCGGGGCUGCCCCACCACCAGCACAGCUCCCUGCGCAGGGACAGCGAGAAGAGGAGCCACCUGCAGCUGCUGCAGGAGGGGGAUGAGAAGAAGGUGAACCUGGUCCUGAACGAAGGGAAAUCCCUGGGCCUCAUGAUCCGAGGAGGGGCAGAAUAUUCCCUGGGCAUCUACAUCACGGGUGUGGACAAGGGCUCCGAGGCAGAGAGCACUGGCUUGAAGCCCGUGUUCUACCGGGGGCUGGCCGGCUCGCAGGUGACCCUGAGCACCAUGGUGAACCAGAGCCGCGUGAUGCUGGAGGAGCAGGCCCGGCACCUCCUCAACGAACAGGAGAGAGCCACCAUGGGCUACUACCUGGACGAGUACAAGGAGGGCAACAUCUCCGUGGAUGCUCUGGUCAUGGCCCUCUUCGAGCUGCUCAACACACACGCCAAGUUCUCGCUGCUCUCCGAGGUGAGGGGGGUGAUCUCCCCACAAGACCUGGACCGCUUUGACAACCUGGUGCUCAAGAGGGAGAUCGAGUCCAUGAAGGCCCGGCAGCCCGCGGGGCCCAGCCCCGACUCCUAUUCCAUGAUGUCCUACAGCGACACCGUCUCGUCCUCCAGCAGCCACUUCACUGCCACCACCGUCAGCUCAGCCAGGGAGCGGCUCCUGUGGCUCAUAGACCUGAUGGAGGUAGGGCUGCAGGGCCUGGGGCAGGGGCGGGGUGGCUCGGCACACAACUGCGGGAAGCUGAAGGUGGGACACGUCAUCCUGGAGGUGAACGGCACGGGGCUGCGGGGCAAGGAGCACCGCGAGGCCGCCCGCAUCAUCGCCGAGGCCUUCAAGCUGAAGGACAAGGACUACAUCGAUUUCUUGGUCACAGAGUUCAACGUGGCCCUUUAG